GUAGCAGUGAAUGAGCAACUGGUUCCAUUUAGAGUGUAUGCCCAGCAAGCCAGCAAAAUAUGGGAUCAAGUCAUGGGUGGCUUGCAAUGUCAAAUCAAGCUAUGCUUGGAAAAUGCAARUCUAUACUGGGAAGUCAACCAGUGGAUGCCCAGAGAAGAACCAGGGGAUGYGAGWUGUGCUUGRUGUGACAGAGGGACURAGGGGUCACAAUGUGACAUGUGACAAUUUCUUCACCUCUUAUGAACUCGGACAGCAGCUCCUGAAGAGGGAGAUCACCAUUGUUGGUACAGUUCAAAAUAACAAGCCUGAGCUCCCACCUGCACUGCUUGUGUCAAAGGAGAGAGAGGUCUUCUCCUCAAAGUUUGCCUUCAUGCCCACCACCACUCUAGUUUCCUACCUCCCAAAGAAAAACAAGAAUGUAGUUAUUCUGAGAACACUGGACACAGACGGCAAAAUUAGGCAUCGUGAGGACAGGAAGCCAAUCAUCAUCCUGGAAUACAACCGCAACAAAGGAGGUGUGGACAACCUAGAUAAGGUGAUUGGAACAUAUAGCUGCAGAAKAAUGACUGCCCGCUGGCCCCUGGUCAUCUUCCACAGCAUCAUUGAUGUUUCCUCCUACAAUGCCUUUGUGAUUUGGAGAGAGAUCAACCCAACCUGGAUGUCUCAUAAGCACAACAAGAGAAGGGUGUUCCUGGAGCAGCUUGGAAAGGCACUUGUAACUCCACUCAUUGAAAGAAGGAAGCAUGUUCCCUGCACAGAAGCCUCAGCAACAGCUGUGAAAGCUAUUCAGAGUACAGGAGGUCCUGAUCAACCUGAGGAUCCAGCUACCACAGCCACUUCCCCAGCUAGGGCAAGUAAGAGGAAGAGAUGUCAGUUCUGCCCUCAAAAGGAGGACUGUAAAACACAUACUGUGUGCUACAUGUGUAACAAAUAUCUGCAAAGGCUGUGCACUUGCAUACUGCCCUACAUGUGUUAAUUAGUUGAAUGGGUUAUGUCAUUUUUCAUAAAUUUGUAUUGUACAUUGUCUUAAA